AUGGUCAUCGGGACAAAGGGAGAUAACCACAGUUGUAGGGACGAGGGGGAGUUAACCAUGGUCAUUGGGUCAAAUGGAGAUAACCACAGUUAUAGAGACGAGGGGGAGUCAACCAUGGUCAUUGGGACAAAGGGAGAUAACCGCAGUUAUAGGGAUGAGGGGGAGUUAACCAUGGUCAUUGGGACAAAUGGAGAUAACCACAGUGAUAGAGACGAGGGGGAGUUAACCAAGGUCAUUGGGACAAAGGGAGCUAACCACAGUUAUAGAGACGAGGGGGAGUUAACCAAGGUCAUUGGGACAAAGGGAGAUAACCACAGUUAUAGAUACGAGGGAGAGUUAACCAUGGGCAUUGGGACAAAGGGAGAUAACCACAGUUAUAGAUACGAGGGAGAGUUAACCAUGGGCAUUGGGACAAAGGGAGAUAACCACAGUUAUAGAUAG